ACUGCGGUAAUCCCAAUGAUAAGCAUGCGCGAGUUCUACAGUAAUGGCGUCGGGAUUCAAAAUUAGCUGAUUCGACCAGACAAGAAAAAUAUCCCCAUUUAGUUCUUAUUUCACUCCAAAAUAGCGCAAUAUUAGAAUAAGGACACAUGAGGAAUACCACUGCUAUGACAGAACUACUAUUUGAUUUCCAGGGUUGUCGGUUUGGCGAGAACGAGGGCUGACUUAAUCAAGAACAGCUGAAAAGUCUGUCGAGAAGAGGGAAGUGAUACGCUUUGCUUGUUGACGAUGAAUUAAUUACUCUAUUGUUCUCUCAAAAUCAUACGAUGCCUCACCAGUUACGAUGACAGAAAGUGAUAUUUUUAACGUAGUACUAGAUUUUAAAAACGUGGGAUGCUUCUGAGGGUUAAUACUUUCACGUCAAGACGCCUUACUAUUGCUUUCUGUCAGAACAACUAGAACUACUGUAGUGUUGCAUAUAUAUGAUAAAAAAAUUCUUGGACGGAUCUACUGUCAAAUUGAGGAAGUAAAAACACUGUGGUCAUAAGACUGGGAUACUUGUACUAUGGAAGACGAUAUGGGAUCAGAAGAGGAAGCUAUAAAAGAAGACUCUACUAGUGAAUUGAUCGCUCUAUUGUGGUAUAAACAUGGACUAUUUUGUGCCACCCACCCUAAACUUAUUAUAUUUCUAUCUGCAAUCGUCGUUAUUACAUGCAGUGCUCCACUAUUUCUGUCUCCAGGAUUCAACAGUCCAGCAACAGAAGAAGGAAGGACUACGUCUAUAUUUCCUGGCAAUGAAAGCAUUAAACCACACUGGUUUGAUGGAAAGCCACUGAUGUAUGUAGUACAGUUUGUGCUUACCAGUCAUCUGACUCAAUGGAUGACAACAUUUCAAAGUAAUGAAGUAAUGAGAGAAGCAUUGAAGCCUGCCUUCCUUGUUACAAAGGCAAUUUCCAAAUUCAAGGACAAGCACAGUGGUAAAGGAAUGCCUAGCGUUUGUCUUAAUGUUACAUCUGGACCAUUAAUAAGACAGCGGUCAGGAUUAGGACUUCAAGAUGGUCAGUUUUUACCAGACAAAGGAUGUCUGUUACUUUCUCCAGCUAAUUUGUGGAGCAAAGACAUUGAAAGAUUUUCCAGCGACACUGAAGUGUUUGACAAUUUAUAUCAGGAGUAUGGAAGACCUGCUUUCAACAUUGCACUAAAAGAAUUUAUUUUUGGUACAUCACUAAAGCAGACUGGUUUGUAUCCUAAGAUGCAAGGCAGAGGAUCUGACCUUGAUGUUCAGUAUGCUAUCACAUUGAUCAUGACAUCUCACCAGCCCAGUUAUAUUGCAGGAUUGAAGAAAGAGCUGCAGAAGAUGUACCCAGUCCCUGAGUUAGACAAAGAUGGAAGUGAUAGUAUGGGCAAUGAUGAACAAGUGUUUCAUAUAUAUUAUAAGGGUAAAACAGGGAGUUUAGUAGAACUGGGUCCAAUCAGUGUGGCAUAUUUUGUAGUGUUUCUGUACCUUGCCUUUUCAGUGGCCAAGAUUGAUAUGGUCAAGUCCAAGUGGGGUUUAGCCUUCAGUGCUGUCAUUACCGUCAUGGCUUCUUUGGCUAUGGCAGGAGGAGUCUCUACAUUCUUUGGUUUCGUACCAACUUUGGACAGCAGUGAGGUGUUUCCAUACCUUGUUAUCAUGGUUGGAGUUGAGAACAUUUUGGUCAUUACUAAAAGUGUGGUGUCGACACCAGUUGAUUUAGAUGUCAAGAUAAGAGUUGCUCAAGGUUUGAGCAAGGAGGGAAAGUAUAUGCUAAAGAAUCUAGGUACAGAAAUGUUUGUGCUUGGACUGGGCUAUUUUACAUUUGUUCCAGCCAUUCAGGAAUUUUGUCUCUUUGCUUUUAUUGGUCUUCUUACUGAUUUUUUCCUACAAGUUUUCUUGUUUGCUACAAUCCUGUCUAUUGACAUCAGAAGAAUGGAGAUAUCAGACCUUCAAAUGAUAUCCAUCCAGCAAGCACUCAUAAGACAAAACAAUCAGUCACAGAAGAGCAGCCGUCCACAAAGAACUCCUCAACUGGACCCCAUGACCCCUACCACGCCCCAUCUUCUACCCCCCUUACCUCCUGAUUCGGUCAAGUCACCACCUCAGUGUCCUAUCAUACCCAGUAAAAGUAAAAGACUAAAGCUGGCUUAUUUUUGGGCAAGGACUAGGAUGGUACAACGAGCUUGUAUGGUUUGUGCAGUGCUGUAUUUCAUGUAUAUGGUAUUCUACUCAGUCACACCCAGCACAUUCCACAACCUGACAAGCGACGUUCCACCAGACCAAAAUGCAAAUCAAGACAUCACCUUGAGUAAACUUAUUCAGCAAAUCAUAACAGAUAAUGUCAACGAGGAACCAAAACACCAAAAUAUUGAAGAAGACAGACUGAAAAAAAGAAAAGAAAACUUCUGGGAAGGAAGUGAUUCAAGAAGGAUUUGGAUGGGAAGUGAACCUGUAAAUGUUGCAGGGUCAUCAUGGAAGGGCUUGUCGAAACGUCACUGGCCUCAGCUAUUGAGUUAUUAUAAUAUAAGCCUCAUGGGAAGAUACAUCAGUAUCCUUCCUCCAGUCCACCUAGGCUUCUCCAUGGACGUCCAAUCGUUARGGUCUCUUGGAGUAAGAACACAAAAGUCAAAGGCCGACUCCACUAAACCCUACCCGCCUCAGACAAUCCAGGACCCAGGAGAAUCGAACGAAAUGCAUCUCGAUCCACAAGACCCCGAAUACUACUUGAACGCCUUAUAUUGCGUAGUGUUGGGUGUGCUUGUCAUGUUCAUUCUAUUCUUUGUCUGUAAAUAUCUCAAUGACAUGCAAAUUCGCCCAAAAACGUUCAGCAGAAGGAACCAAUGGUUAAAGCAUGAAGAACUAGUUGACGCGAUUCCCCUCAGCCUCAAGGGACAUCCUCAGACUGUGGAGCACAUGAAAUGCACCAUGUCCAGUAUCGUCAGUAUCUGUCUCAGUGGGCAGAUUCGAGUUUGGGACAGGAACACUGGUGAAUGCUUGAAGGUCAUCAACAGGAGUGGUGAAAUACCCAUACCAAGACGUAGACGUAACAGAUCAGGACAUGACAAGAAAUCUUUAAGCCAUGAACCAGAUAAAAACUUUACAACAACAAGAUACUUCGAAAGCCUUGAAAACGAGGCUCCUUAUGACAACACGCAUAGUAUCAGUCCAGAUGUGUUUUCUGACUCGGAUGGCACAACUGCUCAACUAAACGCAUCAGGCGACGAAAAUGUCUACUUUCCCAUAAAGAACGAAGAGGAUAAUCUCAAAAAUAGAAGUGGUUCUAUAGAGUCUAGUCCCAGCGACAAUUCUGGCUACGACUUUGGACCGUUGUGCCAACAAGGGGGUUCCCCAAGGGUCAGGUCUUGGUCUCCUCGCUGGAGCUCUUCGCGUUCACUAAACAGCUGGUCGAGCGACGACGAAUACCCAGACCAUUUGUUUUCGUGUUCAGAUGAAUCCCCCAAACUUAAUAUUGCUGGUGCAAGGCACGAUGGACUGCACAGAACGGCUGCUGUGUGGUGUCUAGACUGUAGAGGGGAUUUAUUAGUAACUGGAUGCAGUGAUGGCUCUGUUGAGCUUUGGGGUUUAAGCUCAGGUCGACAGAUUUGUCUGUACUGUGAGAACAGACAUGGUGUCACUAGUGUAGCAUUUCUUCCUGACAGACCUCAGCUGGCCGUCGCACGUAUCGAUGGUACGUUAGAUUUCUUAAGUCUUAUCUCCCCUGUGUUACCCACGGUCAUCAAUGCAUCUCCUAUCAAGAGGUCAUCACCAAGGACAACGCGAAAAAAUCCAAAUCACGUGUCUACAACCAUCAGUCCCACAACCACUGGGACAAGUACGACAGCCGAAUCUACGCAUGCUUUACCUGUGAUGUGCAGCUUAACACACAGAGUGCGGGCUCAUCAUCAACCUGUUAGUGUGAUGACGGUUACACAAGAAAGGGUUGUGACGGGCAGCCAUGACAGGACACUCAAGGUGUUUCGGACUGACGAGUGUGUUUGUAUCUUCACAUUACAUGGUCACAGUGAUGGUAUAACAGCAUUAAAAAUACUAGAGAGCGAACCUCGUCUUGUUAUCAGCGGCGCAUCGAAUGGAGGUGUUCGUGUAUGGGACGUAAGCACAGGGGAGUGUUUACAACACUUAAGAGGCCACACAUGUUCAGUGAUAGCCAUAUCAUGCACUCAGUACAACAUAGUCAGUGUCAGUAUAGAUAACUCGAUGUGUAUAUGGGACAGACAUAAAGGCAAAUGCAUCCACUAUAAGCUACGCCAGUUUCCAGACUUGUGUUCGAAUGUGUCCAUGAUGUCAAACAAUCUGUUCGUCACUGGCGGCCAGGGCUGCAUCGUUGUCUGGGAUCUUGUAGCCGGCAGGCAGGUUAAAAGUAUACCUCUUGACAACGGGGACUCCUCAGUACUCGUUCGUCACGUGACUGUAUGCGACACGGCAACGGUCGUCUGCGAUUACGGUAAAGAACUCCGCGUCAUUGCGUUUCCAUCAGUAAUGAACAAAGCAGAAUAAAUCCUCUCUGCUUUGUUAAAUACGUCAGAGGUUCGAAGGAUCUAAGUAAAAGUGAGUUCAGUAGCACUUGGAAUUAACCCCCAGACUCCACGACAURAAAUUUGGAGGGGAAACUGGAAAUCAAGGAUGACUGAAGUUCAAAGGAAAAAUGGAGCCUAAUUUUUAAKGUGGAAAAUGUUUGUGAGGAACUGGUGACUAUCUAGGUCGUUGAUGUAUGGCUUACUGCAAGGGAUACUAGUGAUAGUCGCUUGAUGAAGAGAUAAAGGAUGUAGCCCAGAUUCAAAACGAGAUGCAAGAGAAACUGGUGUUGUGUCUGAAAGAAAGUAGUUCGAGUGAUGAAGUACUCGCUGGAAAUUGUAACUCAUUGGCACUAGUUUCAUCUAUUUCAUCUGAUUGGAAAUUUGCUCGUAUUUGUCAAGUACCAAUCAGAAUGUCGUAAAAAGAAGCAAAACUUUAGACAAAUGAUACGAGCAUAUGCCGACCCAAAAAAGGCRGGAAAUGACAACUUCCGGUAGUGGUACACGCGACCAACCGAAAAAUUGGCGGGAAAUAUUGACUUCCGUUGAAUGGCACCCGCGAUGAAUCCAAAUUUCUGGGUUUUCCGUGUAAAUGGUGCUUCCUUGGAUUUCAUAGUAAAGGUGAAAAAACUUGAAACGCUGUCAAGGUUCCCAGAGUAGAACGUAUGUAGAAUCCUUGACUUUUACGUGGAAUGAGAAUCAAUUGUAUCUAGAACUGUGAAAUAGAAUAGUCAAGGGAAGUUUCAAGGAUUUAAUAACGACAAAGAUUUAAAAGCAUCUUUGGAAUAAAGCCUGAUGAUUGCUAUGAUA